CAAAUUUCUUCAAUAACGCUGGUUCUUUGCGCUGGAUUAUAACCGCCAUCAUGCAUUCUCACCUCCAUACCUCAUACAACGUCAACUGCGAGGAAAUCAUGACGGCUCUUGACGAGUGCCACGCCCGUGGCUUCAUGUGGAAGGUCUUCGGCAACUGCAAUGAUGUCAAGCGUGAGGUGAACCGUUGCCUUGCUGCAGAGCGCUACGACCGCGCAAAGAACAACCGGGAUAUCGCGCGCAGUAACCGACGGAAGAUUGAGGAUAUCUGGGCGAAGGAGCGGGCGCUGGAUGCUAGUGCUGUUCAGACUCCUGCUGCUCCUGCUUCUACCGAUGCUCCUACGGAUGGUACUAAGCAAUAAGCAGCGUUGGUUGUAUUACGAUGUGCCGUGAUCAUUUUUGGUGUUUGGAGUUCGGUCAAUUGCUUCUUUCUAUGCUUCGAAACUCUCUUCUCGGUAAAAGAAUGAGGCCAACUGGUUGUUUGUACGAUAUUGGACG